AUGAAUGCAACUUCAAGGAUGGCAACUACUCUCUGGUUAAACGAGUCUUAUACGACAGACACUGUCGUCAACCAUUCAUGCACCUUCGUUUUACUUGAAGACGAAUGCGACCUGACCAUUCUCCUUUCCCUCAUCAUGUUCUUCGUCACGUUGUUCAACAUUAUCUUCGGGGUCAUCGCCAACGUUCUCGUAAUCGGUAUCAUUCUUGCGACUAAAGAACUGUGGACGAUUCCAAGCAUGUACCUUGCGAAUCUGGCAGUCGCCGAUCUGAUGGUGCUACUGUUUAUAGCAGUGUUAAAUUGCUACGAGUAUUAUAAUGGGGCUUUCCAACCGAAGGAAUAUCACAACCCACAGAAAUUUGUAUAUUACAUGGAGAUGGUAACGUCUAUGGCAACCGUAGCGAUGAUGAUCGCCCUCAGCGUUGACCGAUUCUUUGCUAUCGUCUAUCCUUUGCGAUCCCAGAAGUAUCGUUCAAAGAGAACGGCAAGAAGAGUUUGCGUGGCUGUCUGGAUUUUUUCGUUUUGUUUUGGAGGAAUAUACUUCUUAUCUCCAUUUGAAGACAACGUUCUUGAAGCGUGGAAAAAGCCUAAUUCUGAAUAUCUGAUCCCUUUUGGAGCUGUCUUAACAUACGCAAUUCCCCUAAUAAUCAUCUUCGGGUGCUACACAGGAAUAAUAUAUACUAUAUGGAAGGAAAGGAUUUCUCAAGAACGCACAUCUGACUCGACACGCAGGAGACGCGUGAGACAAAAGCACGCCGUGCUACGCGCAUCCGUGCUUGUAGUUGCCCUGUUCGCGCUCAUACAAGGAUUCUUCGUCGCUUCGUUCGUGUGGAUCUCUUUCGGAGGAUCUCAUGUGGAGCCGUCCGUCAUCAUCAUUGAGUUCCACGUCGCGCAAGGCCUGUAUCAUCUAAACAGUCUCAUCAAUCCGUUCCUGUACGCUCUCUCGCACGAGAAGUUUUAUCAGUCUAUCUGGCUUGUUCUUUCCUGUUCACCUUCCCGCAGCAGGAGGAAGAAAUCCAAGGAAGUUCACCAAGCUCAAACUAGGAAAACAAACGGCGUAGGACGACCAUCUACACUUUAUGACGUCAUUAUUAGAGAAGACUACAAGUCGAAACGGGCCGAUGAUGUUACGGGGAAAGAAAUUUCCACAAGAUUGUAACGGAACUUAUCUUUGGAAAAAAAUACUUGAAAAAUAGUUAUUCUUAGUCUUUUAAAUUAUAUCUAUCUUCAAAGCAGAGUUCAUUUUCGUCGCCAGCAGUGCUGACUUUGAAUACUACUCUA